CCCGUCGCAUAUUCAACGUACGGCUGUCUGCUGCACGUCUCCCUCCCUUCCCUAUUGUUUGAGGUUUUCGGACAUAGACCCACGAUCACAGCCGCAUGUACCACAGGAGCUGCUCAUGCUGUGGAUUACAAUUGACAUAAGGUGAAGCUGUGUGUGGGCGCCACCGGUCAAUUUUAAGAACAGGAUGUGAUGUCACAGCGUUAGCAGCUCCCAUUUUCCCUGUCCAGAGCCAGUUUGUGAGUGGGGAGCCCCUCCCACUCUGUGGACAGGACAUGUUUGAAGCAAAACCACGGGUGGUGGAGAAGAAAGAGUCAAGCACCGAGACAGAUGAAGGGCUGGGCAGCAGUGGGAGGCAUUUCGGCUCCAACUCGGUGGGCUCCGGUUCGGCCGGCUCUGGUUCCCUGUACCUGUCAGACAGCCAGGACUGGGUGGUUUCCCCCAGCUGCUCUCCUCCUGAUGAAGGCCCGGUCCAACACAGCGCUAUCUCCCCCAUGCUGGCCGAGGAAACUUUCCGCUACAUGACGUAUCUCGCUUUGGAGCCCUCCUCUUAUUCCCAUCCCGGCUCUCAGAGCCUCUCCAAAGUCCUCAGUGCUGAUCGUGUGGAGCAGAUGACCAAGACGUACAAUGACAUUGACGUGGUCACACACCUUUUGGCUGAGCGGGACAGAGACCUGGAGCUGGCAGCUCGUAUCGGUCAGUCCCUUCUGCAGAGGAACCACCUGCUGCAGGAACGCAACGAGGCCUUGGAGGAGCAGCUAGCACAGGCCCUGGACCAGGUUCACCAGCUGCAACAUGAGCUCAGUAAGAAGGAUGAGUUGCUUCGGAUGGUGGCCAGCGCCUCAGAAGAAAGCGAGACCGACUCCAGUGUCUCAACACCACAGCGGCAAAACCAGCUUCCGGGAAUCACCACGGCCGCUGCUGCCCUCAGUCAGCUGGAGUCACUGCAAAAUAAGCUGCAGGAGCUGGAGGAGGAGAAUCUGUCACUCAGGUCUGAGGCGUGUCAGCUGAAGAGAGACACCAUCAGCUACGAGGAGAAGGAGCAGCAGCUGGUCAAUGACUGUGUCAAGGAGCUCCGUGAGUCCAACAGCCAGAUGGUGUCUCUGACUGAUGAACUGUCUCAGAAGAACGAGGAGCUGCUCAGACACCAGGAGGAAAUCGCUCAGCUGCUCUCUCAGAUUGUAGAACUACAGCACAGAGUUAAAGAGCUGGCUCUAGAGAAGGAGGAGCUGAGGAUCCACCUACAGGCCUCUAAAGAUGCUCAAAGACAGCUAACAGCAGAGCUGAACGAGCUGACAGAGAGAAAUGCCGAGUGUGUCGAGAUGCUCCAUGAGUCACAGGAGGAGAUCAAAGAGCUUCGCAGUAAAAAUACUCCCUCAUCUGGGAUGCGACGGCACCUUUCUUAUGGCCUUUACCCCAUGGACUCUCUUGCUGCAGAAAUUGAGGGCACCAUGAGGAGAGAGCUGAGUAUAGAUGAAGAGACUGCUUUCCAGGACCAAAGAAUUUCCCAGAAGCGAGUCUUCCAAACGGUUCGCUCCAUCAAUGCAUCAACAGCAAAAGCAGCCUCAGCUACACCUCCCAUCCCCGGUUCAGGGCAAAGCUCUCUAGUGAUGACGGCUCAGCCCUUCCAGUCUGCUCAGGGAGAGGAGGUAAAAAUGGGUCAGCCUGGCUCACCAGGUGGAAACGACCUCACCAGAGCCCUGCAUCGACUCUCACUGCGACGACAGAACUUCCUGUGUGAACGCCAGUUCUUUCAGGCGGAGCGUGAAAAGAAGCUGCAGGCUCUAAUAGCAGCGGAGGCAGACGGGGAGAACAGCGGCUGCAGUUCACCGAUGGGCAGCGUCAUGUCGUCCUUCUCCAACCUGUCGGAGCUCUCCUUCAGCUAGUGUUUUAAGACCUUCCUACCGGAGAAGCUGCAGAUUGUCAAGCCCAUGGAAGGCUCACUGACGCUCCACCACUGGCAGCAACUGGCCAAACCACACCUGGCCACCAUCCUGGACCCUCACCCUGGAGUGGUGACAAAGGGUUUCCGCCCCCUGGCCCAAGAUGCUGUGUACCGCCUGUCUGACAUGGAAGAGGAUGAGGAGGACGAAGAGCACAGAGAGAGAAGUUUUGGCGUCUUGGAGAAGGGGGCAUCAGAGCAGGGUAAAGAUGAAGAGGAUGAAGAGGAGGAGGAAGGCGGCAUCACCUUCAAAGUGCGGUGCUCAUCUACACCAGAUGAGAGAAAAGACAGGAAGCAUGCCGUGUCACCUGUCUCACCUCUUGCCUCCACCUUGCCACCAUCCUCAUCCUCCCUCAGACCCGACCUCUGCGUGACCCCCGGCCCAUGUCCCAUCACAGAGAAGUCCAACGUAACACCUCAGCCCAUUCCAGGAACCUCUACAGCAGCGGUCCAAUCAAAUCAAAUUAACACCUCAACAUCAACAGUCACAUCUUCGUCUGUACAAAAUCCAGGCAAGUGUCAGAGCUCCACUUUCUCCACCUACACCUUCACCACCUGCCGCAUCCUGCACCCCACUGAUGUCACACAGGUUACCCCCAGUUCUCAGUCGUCUCUACUGGCCAACACUCCCAGCUCCAUGAGGACAGGUCCCAGUACUCCUGUGACUCCUUGCAGACUCAGCCUCGGUGACUCCUUCCCCCCUCGGCGUUCUCCUGCACCCCCCAGUGGCCUUGCAAAGCUGGUCUUGGAGAGGGGAAUUUCUGCACAAGUUUCAACAGAUACCCCUUCGCCCUCGCCAAAACCCACCCCCAAGCAGCCAUUGUUCCGCCUUCUCCCAGGCACCCCUCCUAACUCCCCCUCCCACUCGCCUACUCCCUCUCCUGUGCCCAUGGAGUCACGCCAGCACUCAGCUGAUAAUUUCCUUGCUUCGCGGCCAGCAGAGCUCUUCCUCCAGGACGUUUACGGGUUGAAUCUGGGCCGUGCCCCUCACCCUGACCUUCCAAGCCCAUCACAGGAAACAUCAGCCCCUACUCCCAAAUCUGGUCGCACUAAGCCUGACCUGGUUAACGUGGGCCUUGUGGAGAGACUCCGCAGGCUGGGAUUCACAAAGGUCCUUCACGGUGCAGAGCCCGGGGGUGCAGUAUCGCGCCAGGAUUCUGCUACAUUUGUGUCGACAGGUGGAGGGAGCCUGUUGGACGGCCUAAGGCGCAACCAGAGCCUUCCAGCCAUGAUCGGUGCAAGAGCACCAAAGUCUAUGAGUAAUCCAACACCUGGUCCUCCCCACCCUACCUCCCUCGCCCUCCCUCCACCACCCUGGGGGAACCUCAAAGAACGGCGAAGGCCUCUCGCCUCCAUCUCUCAUGUCCCAUCAAGUUCAACCAAACACUGAGUGGAAGAGGCAAACACACUCCAAGACAUGAACCUCCUCAAUCCCCUUCUCCCUGGGCACUCCUCUCCUCCUUUCUGCCUUUGGAGAGAUGGAGUUAGGGCCUCUAAUGUCAGUCCCUCCUUUUUAAUGACUUAAUUUUAAAGCACAACUGAUUGAACUGACUGUUUUUAGCGAUACCGCAGUGUCUAUGUGUAGAUGUUUGCCAUGAUGCUAGUUAUAAAGGCCUUAGCUUGCCUGUGGAUUCAGCGCAGUACCUUCUCAGUAGUAGUCUUAAUUAAGGUUCUGUAGUUUUCCUGUGAGGCUCUGGAUGGUCAGAAGCAGGUAGAGGAGAAAGGACGACAUGCAUGUGGAAGAUGGUUUGUGGAAGUGAAGAAGAAUAAAGACAGAAUUGUCAGAAGAAGGAUCUUUUCAUUUUUAUUCAUGUUGGAAGAAAAAGAAAGAAAGAAAGAGAAGGCUAGAAAAGAAAGAGUGAGCAUCCAGGGUCCAGACUUUAUAAAGGGCUUGUCCUGUAGUGGGUUGGAAAAGCUUUAGUUUUUAGGCAAAUGGCACAAAGCUAGUCGAGUCUGUUAACUGAACAUGCCCAUUAGAAAAGGCAGACGGACAUCAGCAAAUUAUUACAUUGAGAAGAGAAGGGAUACAACUUGCUAACAACCGCAAACGGCAUUAGAAGGCACCAUACUGCCAGGCUAAUCUCAUAGACAGACCAUGCAUCUAACAUGCCAGUAUUAUAUUAAUGAUUUUACUCUUGCACGGAUGUUUGGUCCAUGUGCCGUGCCCCCUUUCCGUCCCCCUGCAAGUGUCUGUCUGCAUGACACGUUUCAGUAUGUCCCAGCAUGCACCUGUCCAGCAGGCAGGUGGGGCCAGCCUGAGGGAACCCGGGUACCAAAUCAGCAAAAGGAUGCAAGGCAAAUGGGCCUCUUUACAGCCUUUUCCUUCAGGUCUUGUGUGUUUUUGUGUGUUUUUACUGGUUAAGAGGCCUUAAGUAGAAGCCAGCACUGUUCUGAUUUGUGUUCCUGUUUUAAGCCAUGUUUGUACUGUAAAUAUCGGUUGCACUCGGUGGGAUUUGGAGGUUUAGUUAGUUGAGGAUCACAGCUUGAAUGAAAACAUUUUGCUACAGAGGCCAAUUGGAGAUAAGAGUUUUUAGCCAACAUCCUUUUCUCAGGCUCAUGGAGCAUUCAGGUUCAGCUUAAGAGGGAAAACCACUGGCAUAUGACUUUAGUUGUUUAUCACAUUCAGGUUUAUUAUUUAUGAAUGUUUUUUUUGUCUUGACUCGAUCUCAAGGCCAUUGAGCACAUCUAAAAGUCCAAAAUAUCCUGUUAAGAUAAUAGUAAGCUCAAAUCUGUGUGCUUGAACCCUAGGUUGACCCCUGACCUUUCCAUCAUGAGUGCUGCUCUCCCUUGUAAAGCCAGCCAGACUCACCCACUUAGUAAUAUUAUUAUUAUAAUUGCACUUUUAUUUUUUUAACCAUUGUUUUACUGACAUGAGUAUUUGAAGUAUAUUAAUUCUAACAUAUUAAUGCUAAGUUUAGUAUAAUGUGUGCCUGUUGCUAAUAUUGGCUAACAUUUGGUCAUAAGAGUUUAAUAUAUGUAGCAGUUUUGUGUUUUCCAUGUGUAAAAGCCCACAUAAGGGAAGUCAUUUUAAGCUAAAACUGUUUUUUGUUUUUAAUAAAUCCGCUUCUCUGGCUCAUACUUGUGUUUAUGUAAGGCAUUUUGUGAGAAUUAGCUAUAACAUACUGUAUUAAACAAUCGAUGAAGAGCUUCAGGUUCAUGUAGGAGGAUUAGAGCAGAGGGAAUGCACAUUCUGACUGUUCAUACCUUAGGUUAGCUGUAGUUGUGAAAUCAACUCGAAUAAAAUCCCUUUGCUUUCUGAUGAUGGGAUUUGCGGCAAGAGGUUCAAGUCUGGUGAAUUGUAAAAUGCCCUGUGACUUCUUCAUGCCUCCUUUUUGAAAACCUGAUCCUCUGUAAACUACUCAUGGCUAUUAUUCAGUUGCCUCUUUUUUUUAAAAUAAAGCAAUGGAAACGAA